AUGGCAAUGAGACGAUUAACAACACUGGUUUCUAUUGCUCUUACCGCCAGUGCUCAGUCUACUGCAUCGAGUGCCUGCUCGAGCACAAUUGCCCCACGGAAUGCGGCUCCUUCGGUAGCGCCGGGUUUCCGUGUUGAGGUGGUCGCCACCAAUCUGACCCGCCCGCGGAGCAUUCAUUUCGAUUCGGAAGGUACUUUGUUGAUUGUGGAGCAGGCUCAGGGUGUAAGGAGAUUGAGACUGAUUGGGGAUGGAAGUUGUGUGAGACAGGAUGGGAGUGUUGAAAAUGUCAUCGACAAUACGAACUUGAAUCACGGCCUGGCGCUUUCGGAAGACGGCCGGACACUCUACGCCUCCUCAGCAGGUGCUGUCUAUGCCUGGGACUACGAUGCUUCACAGGGUCAAACAACAUCUGAGUCCCGCCAGAUUGUAGGUGACUUUGGUCCUGAGGAUGGUCACGUUACACGCACUCUACUCUUGAGCCAGAACGUCCCCGGUAUGCUGUUGGUCAGUCGAGGAAGUGGUCCGAAUGUUGAUCCUCGUGCACUCGACCGGUCGACAGCCAUAUCUACGAUCAAGGCUUUUAACGUCACCAACGCCACCUCUGAGGGCUACAGCUAUAUCAACAAUGGCAUGUUGCUCGGCUGGGGUUUGAGAAAUAGUAUUGGCGUAGCGGAAGAGCCCGUGACUGGCGGCAUUUAUUCGGUCGAGAACAGCGUCGACAACUUCCAAAGAGGUACUGAACUCAUUAAUGAGAACAACCCAGGAGAAGAGAUGAACUACCACGGAUAUCUAAAUGGUACUCAGCCCACACAACAAGGCGGGAAUUAUGGCUAUCCGACAUGCUAUGCAGCCUGGAACGUGUCUGAAAUCCCUGACAACGAGGGCAUCACGGUGGGCUCACAGUUUGCUAUCGGGAGUCAGAACGAUACCGUCAACGAUGGGAACUGCCGAGAGGAGCACGUCGCUCCCAGAUUGGCAUUUCAAGCUCAUAUGGCCCCCAUCGACAUCAAAUUCAACCCUAACGGUACCGGCGCAUGGGUCACAUUCCGUGGAUCAUGGAACCGUGAGAGCCCCAUCGGCUAUAAAAUCAGUUUCGUCCAAUUUGACGGCAACGGCUCGCCAAUUGCUGCAGCAAACAGCACAACCGCAGCUGUCGAUGUUGUCUAUAACCCAGAUCUCACGAAGUGCCCUGACAACUGCUUCCGCCCUGCGGGUAUGGCUUGGGAUAGCCGGGGACGUCUGUUCUUUAGCAGUGACGCGACUGGGGAGAUCUAUGUCAUCACGAGGGAGGACGGCAGCGGGGUGAACAGCGUGAGCCAAGUGAGUAUGCAGGCGAACGGUAUUAAUGGCAGCACCGGUACUGGUACUGGAACUUCGGCAACGCCUUCACCUACUGGAAGCAGUGGUGCGGCAGUCACAAAGACUUUGAGCAGUGCGGGCUUCUGGAUCGCGGGCGCUGCGGCGGCCGCUUUGGCGCUUUGA